AUGUCACAACAACAAAAAGCUAUUUCAGGAUCAUCUUCCAACACCAAUGCAAAUAUCAAAAAAACAAAUUCCAAAGAGAAUCGCCACGUAUUCCUCACAGAAAAGGAACAACUCGAACAAUAUGGAAGAAUUGUUGAACAUGAAGAAAUAUCAUGUGGUAUUUUGCUUUUUAGAAAAUUGACUUCUAAAUAUGAUUUCCUUUUAAUGAAACACAGUCGUAGACUUGAUUUACCAAAAGGGAGAAUGGAACCUGGUGAAACAUUUAUUGAAACUGCAAAGAGAGAAUUCAAUGAAGAGACUUCUAUUCCAUUGGAUCUGAUUGGGAUUCAUCCAGAUUUUCUAUUCGAAGAAAAGUAUGCUUACUUUUCUAAAUCAAAAUCUAUUCAAGUUGGAAAAACUCUAAAAAUGUAUAUUGCAUUUGCCAAGGACAGUACCAAGCUGAAUAUUAAAUUGACAGAGCAUGGUGAUUGUAAAUGGACUCAAUUCAAGGAAAAGGAAGCCAUGACCAUUCAGAAUAAUACAAUUGAUCCUCUCUUGAAAAGUAUUCAGGACUAUAUGAAUGAGAAGGGAUUGGAUUUGGAAGCAUUGGAAAAGACCAGUUUAUCAUCAAAUAUUUAA